ACUACAAUGACAUCCUACAUCCCCAGGAGGAGAGAAAUAACUAGCCAUGUUUCACAGCCUCGCCAUUGUGCUGAGUCUCCUGGUGAACUCAGUCGCCGGAGAUGUUAAUUUCACCUAUAAUGGUUUUCGAUCGGCGAAUUUGAGCCUCGAUGGUCUAGCAGAGGUCACUUCCAAUGGACUCUUGAAGCUCACCGAUGACACCCUGCGGGAAAAGGGUCACGCUUUCUACUCUUCCCCAGUCAAGCUCAAGAACUCCACAAACGGCACCGCUUUCUCCUUCACGACCACCUUCGUCUUCGCAAUACUCCCACAAUACCCCACUAGUGGCGGUCAUGGAAUAGCUUUUGUGAUUUCACCAAGCAGAGGCCUCUCGGGUGCUGUGGGGUUGCGAUUCCUCGGCCUAUUCAACGAGAGCAACAAUGGAAAGGACACCAAUCAUGUUGUUGCUGUGGAACUUGAUACCGUAAACAACGUCGAUUUGGGGGACAUUGAUGACAACCAUAUCGGAAUCGAUGUUAAUGGGUUGAAUUCCGAGGUUUCUCAUGGGGCUGGGUAUUAUGUGGACAGCAUCGGUCAAUUUAGAAACCUGACGCUAAUGAGCGGACGGUUGAUGCUGGUUUGGGUAGAAUACAAUGGUCUAGAAAAGAGAAUGAAUGUCACCUUAGCUCCAAUUAAUGUUCCUAAACCCAAACUCCCACUUUUGUCUCUGCCCAAGGAUCUGUCACCGAUCGUUAACGACACAGUAUACCUCGGAUUCUCAGCGUCAAAUGGUGUGACUACAUCGUCUCAUCAUUAUAUUCUGGGUUGGAGCUUUAUGAUUAACGGCCAAGCAGAGGAGCUUGCUAUUUCCCAGCUACCUAAGCUUCCUCGCAGAGGACCGAAGCAAACAUCGAAGUUUUUAACAAUUGGAUUGCCUCUAAUUUCUCUGACUCUGAUUGUCGCAACAGGGUCAGGGGUUGUUUACUUCAUAAAGAGGAAGAGGAAAUUUGCAGAUGUAGUUGAAGAUUGGGAACUCGAAUACGGGCCUCAAAGAUUCAAGUACAAGGAUCUGUAUGUGGCCACAAAUGGGUUCAAGGACAAAGAGUUACUGGGCUCCGGUGGGUUUGGUAGGGUUUAUAGAGGAACAUUACCCAUCUCCAAAUUGGAGAUUGCCGUCAAAAGGGUCUCUCAUGAAUCAAGACAAGGGAUGAAAGAAUUCGUGGCGGAAAUUGUUAGCAUCGGUCGUCUCCGUCACCGGAAUUUAGUACAACUCCUGGGGUAUUGCCGGAGAAAAGAGGAGUUGCUCUUGGUCUAUGCCUAUAUGCCAAAUGGAAGUCUGGACAAGUACCUCCAUGGCCAACCGAAGGUCACCCUGAAUUGGACGCAGAGGUUUAAGGUCAUCAAAGGUGUAGCCUCGGGGCUACUUUAUUUGCAUGAAGAAUGGGAACAAGUUGUGAUUCAUAGAGAUGUAAAGGCCAGCAAUGUUCUCUUAGACAGUGAAUUGAACGGAAGAAUAGGAGAUUUCGGGCUGGCGAGAUUGUAUGAUCAUGGAACGGAUCCACAGACAACACAUGUAGUGGGUACUGUGGGGUACCUAGCACCAGAGCACACCCGAACAGGGAAGGCCACAACCAGCACAGAUGUGUUUGCUUUUGGUGCAUUUUUGCUAGAAGUUGCCUGUCUUGAACUCACACAAACUCUCAAAUUAGGACCCAAUUGGAUGGAAUCUUAACAUCCGUCAAUUCUCACUUGACUGUCCGUUGCGGCACUUUUGGAUUAUCUUUUAUUUGGUUUGGAGUUUGUUCUGUAUAGACAAAGCAAACUUGGUUUAUGCAGUUUUAGUAUUUUUGGACUUUAUUUUAGACACUUUUGGAUUGUCUUUUGUCUGGUUUGGAGUUUGUCCUGUAUAGACAAAGCAAACUUGGUUUUAUGUAGUUUCAAAAUGGUUUAAGUGGAAAUUAUAGUGUUAUAUGUGCAUUUCAGUUGAGUUUUCCAAUAUAAAAUAUGAUAAAGCUU